GGGGCGACAAUCUGCCUGCCGUGCUUCACUGGACACUCGAUAGAGGAAGAGCCACAGUGGGUGCAGCAGUUCAUGUUAGCCUAACCGUGAACAGUUAGCAGCAGGCACCGCAGUAAAGCGGCUCAUAAAGUGGAAUAGUGUCCGAAUUUCAGCAUAUAAACCCGGGGUUAGGAGUUGUGACUGAGGCCCUCCGACGACCGCUUCGCCAAGAUGAGCUUCCUGUUGUGAGUAAAGUCGUCAGCCGCGUGCGAAGUUCGAGCCGGGGCUCGCGGUUAACGUUAGCUUCGUUGAAGUUAGAAACUGAUGUUAAAAUGGGACACUGUUACAAUAAAACAACACAAGAGACAGAUUUAUUACGAUAAAGAGUCAACAAGUGAUGCCAUGGAGGGUUGUAAUUUGUUAUCGUAACUUUAUUAAUGUGUGUGUUUAUUUAUAGGUCCCCGACAGUCGCCAACUUUAAAACAGUUAUUAAACCGUUAAUUUGGUUAGUCUGAUGAUGACUACACCAGCUGUUUAAGGAACCUUGACUAAGACUGUAUUUUUGUUCAUGUUAACUUUGGCCACCUUCUCUAACUUUGAUGUGUUAAACUGAAACAGAGAAAUGUUUACUUGGUCUGGUUACAGACACUCACAUUUCCUGUCUGUCGCUCUGAGCUCAGUCUCUAAUAACCUCUCUAUCAUUUACAACAAACACUCUAGAGCCAUGCUAGUCCAAAACAAACUUUACAAAACUAUUAAACAUUAUUAUAUUGGCUUUUUAAAAUGAGUACUCUCGGAUGUAAAUGAGAACUUGUGAGAAUUGUAUUUUGCUAAGUUUAUGUUGCAUUAGUUACGGGGUAAUUGUACUUUUUGAUUGGCUUUUUAAAAUGAGUACUUUCGGAUGUAAAUGAGAACUUUGCUAAGUUUAUAUUGCAUUAGUUAGCAUGUAGGGCUGGGCAACAGGAAAAAGUUUAUCACAAUAUAUUUAUUUCAUAUUAGUCGAUAUCGAUAUAUAUAAAAAAUUAAAUUCAACAGUGUUCAUUGGUAGCAUGUCUUUUGCAGUACAAUAAGCUACUGCAUCUGUAAGGUCUUUGAGUCUCCUCAGCGUUUUGUAGUAAGGCAUUGCUAGAGAAAGUGGACUGAAAGGUCGGUUCAGCGUGGCACAGACCCGGAGCAACUCCCCUUUUCAUUGAAUAUUCGUAUAAUCUACCAUAACGUGGCAGAAUACUGACUAUCAAGAAGCAUUUUGACCAUGUUUUAUAUCGAUAUCAGGGAAAUAUAUUUUUGAUAUACAUCAUUAUCAUUUUAUCGCCCAGCCCUAUUACCAGGUAAAUAAAAGUGAAAAGUUAAAAGGGUACAAGCUUACCAUUAACAACAUAACUCCAUGCCAACUGGAUGGCAUCUACCACUUAGUGACAGUGAACUUAGGUAGAGGAGAAGAGCAAUUACAACACAAGAUAGUCAAGUUGGAAGUACACUCACAGGUUUAGUACAGAGUAACUGUAUUUUUUUUUUACUAGAGAGUAAUAUUUAACUACUCUUUCUAUCCUUGAUUAAAUGUCACCAUCAAGACAGGAGGCCCUUGAGGAGCAUCAGACACAGGCUAAGACGAUUGUCUAUAACAUACAGCGCUCAUUCUUUGUUCCUUAACUCUAUGUUUAUGUGUUUAUUUGUAGUAGCAGUCGCUCAAAUAAGACCUUCAAACCAAAGAAGAACAUUCCAGAGGGAUCCCACCAGUAUGAGCUGCUGAAACACGCCGAGGCGACCCUAGGCAGUGGGAACCUGAGGCAGGCUGUCAUGCUGCCCGAGGGAGAGGAUCUCAAUGAGUGGAUCGCUGUGAACAGUGAGUGGACUAAUGCAAUAAAACUCAAGCUUAUUUUUGUCACGAGCUUGAGAACAGAAACUUACAAACCUUUUUUUUUUUCUCACAGCGGUGGAUUUUUUCAACCAGAUCAACAUGCUGUACGGAACAAUCACUGAGUUCUGCACUGAGACCAGCUGCUCUGUGAUGUCUGCUGGACCAAGGUAACUGCAAACAGUGUUUUAUGUGCGUGUGCAGCUUUGUUUUGAGAGGUGGCGUCUUACAGGCCCCUUUUAAACAGCCUAUUAUGACCUAGUAGAAUAAAGAAACAGAAACUACUUUUGUGGUUUUGGGUCUUGGGAUCGUAUACACCUACUCUAACACGGUCACGGCAUUAUGGUGUAUUAGGAUACUUGUAUAGAAUAGAUGGAGUAUUAGUGUUAGUUGUGUUGUCCCUGUGAGAAUAAUCAACAUGUCUGCAGGGAGACAGACCUGUAGCCUUUAUAAUUAAAAGAAAACAUUUUUUACAGCAUUAAAAAUCAUGAAUCGGUCACAAACUCACUCCCAGCAUCAUUUCCAAAAUAAAUGUAAGCCAGUAUGAAUUUAAAACAAGAGAGUCAUUGAUAAAGUUUUUUCGCUUUACAGUCAUAUAUCAAUAGAGCUGUUAUCAGUCAGUAAAUCAUUUUGGUUUACUUAAAGGCUUAUAAUUAAAGAAGACAAAGAGCUGUGUGUGUUGAAAGGACAUCAGACAUGUAGUGAAAGUUUAAUCUUGAACUCCAGUUUUGCUGUUAAACAUGACUUUUAAGGAAGCUUUAUAUCACUCAAUUGGAACAAGGAACCUUCUUCAAAUUUUCUUAGUAAGCAUUUCAUCCAAUCUGAGGAAACAAGGAACCUCACAUGCGGUGACGGACACAGAGUGUGCGUCAUUCAGCUAAAGCAUCUCAAGUAAAAGUCACAAUAGUUUCUGGUAUUUUGUCCAGAAUUGAGAAAUAGUGUGUGGUGUGGAAAUGAAGCGGAGUAUGGAUGAAUGUUUCGAGUGUUUGAGACAGCUGGAGUUUACAUCAUCUGAAUGUCACAUGAGGGAAACGGGAAUCAAACUUUGCAUGUGGAAGCUUUUUUAGUUUAAAUGGAGAUCUCGCACUUCCUCUAUCCUCUCCGGCCAAGACUGACUGCGCUCACUCUGUAAUCAGGAGGAAGACACAUGGGUUCACUUCCUGUUUACAUAGCCACUAUCAAGACUAUGACCGUAGAGGCUUUUGCAUUUCCUCUUCUUGCUCUUUUUUUAGCUAAUCGACCACCAAAUGAUGUUUUCCUGUUUACCUGACAGACGGCAGAAUGAGAGCAUGCUGUUUGCAGAGUUUUUCUGCUCUUGUUUCUUGACCUGCUGCAGAGAAGAGAGAGGUGUUGAUCCUUUUCUGUUUUCUUCCAAAGAUAUGAGUAUCACUGGGCUGAUGGGACCAAUAUUAAGAAGCCUAUCAAAUGCUCCGCACCCAAGUACAUUGACUACCUGAUGACCUGGGUGCAGGAUCAGCUGGAUGAUGAGACACUCUUUCCUUCCAAGAUUGGUGAGUUUUGACUGAUUUUAAUCUUAAACUGUUUGGAUGACAACAUAUGAUUUUUUUAUAAUAUUAAUUGCAGAUAGGGUUUGGUAUCAAGCAGUACUUUGGGUGCUUAAUGUCAGCCAAGCAACCAACUAACUACUUUUCCUUAUUGUUGGUUCUGUUAAAAUAGAGACAGGUUACCUUUGUCUGUCCCCUGUAUAUUUUAGAAGCAGUUCCCUCUGCUUCAAAUCAGUGAACGCGUGAGAAAUAUGCCUGUUUGUCUGUGUCAUCCCUGACCCUGACCCUGACCCUGCAGAAGAUGCUCAGCUGAGAGGAGACUCCACUGAUUGGUAGAUCUUGGAAAAAUGAGUCAACAUAAGCAGAAGAAUUGCGUGUUUACAUCACAGAAAGGGAAAAUCUGCAUGUUCAUAAUGUGCAGUUUCGGUUUGAGUUGUGCUUCAAAGAGAUGACCUUUGAUACUGGCUGACUCACCUACAGGUUGCUGCAGAAAAAACCUCUAAACCACCAGAAACAGCAAAGUGAUGCGUGCACAGGAAACAUUAGGAAGCUUACCGAUACACCACAUAGUCAGUGAACGAGGCGUGACUUGUAUACUCCAUCACAGCUGUUUCCUCUGUUUCAUACCACUGUGAAAAGAUACUGUCCUAUAACUAUUUGUACAAAAAAACAAGGGAUGACACACAAAUACACAGGAGUGACCCAUCAGGCUGUGGGAAUAGGGAGGUUUUGAGUUUACUUCUGAUUGUGCAAAUAAAGAAGAAGGACCUUGUGACAGCAGGAUAACUGUAACUGAAGACACCCUCACCAAACCUGGCAGCAGCCAAGAAGGAAAUCAUUGUCAUGUCAAAAUCAGUCACCUGACUCCAGAUCACGUCUCACAUGCUGAUGAGCAGAGAGAUCUUUUUAUUCCUGUUCCCCUAAUUUGAUUGGGUCAACGAGUUAGGGGCACCGCGUCUCAUCAGACUUCGUUCCCUUUGAUUUGUAGCAGAACGGGUCAGUUAAAACAGCGUGCUUCACAUCUGUACCUCCCUUCUCUGUUUCACAGGAGUUCCCUUUCCAAAGAACUUCAUGUCCGUGGCCAAGACCAUCCUGAAACGCCUGUUCAGGGUUUACGCUCACAUCUACCACCAACAUUUUGACUCUGUGAUGCAGCUGCAGGAGGAGGCCCACCUCAACACUUCCUUCAAGCACUUCAUUUUCUUUGUUCAGGUGAGAGUCGCUGGCUACAGCACCCACUGAAAACACCACUGUGCACCUAAUGCACGUUUAAUAGUCUCUCUCUCAGUGAAGUGACAAACACUGGCUAACUAUUGAUUUAGCAACACGACAUGUUGAUAAUAGAUUACAUUCUCUUACUCUCACUUUUUUCCGUAAUGUUUUAAUGGACAAGAGACCCCAGCAUUUUUAUGACCAAGUUAAAUUUACACAAAAUGUACAUAACUACAUGACUAGACACUGAACCACCGAAACCGAGAACAGAAAGACUCAAAUCUACUUUUACCUGUCGAACCAUGACAGAAUGGAAGUCAGUACCUAAUCAUAUAAAAAAUUCAAGCACAAAAUUGGUUUUCAAGAAAAACUUAGAACAACACUUAGAUGAGUUGAAGCCUGUACUAAUGUAUUGUAUAUGAUCCUGUCUUAUUUCAAAUUGCUUCCUUUUGUUAUUUCCUCCUAACACCCUUUUUUCCAAUUUUUAUUGAAUUGUUGGUAAAUGAGUGAUUGUGUUAUCAUGGAUGAAUGAUUUUGUAAUGUUUUAUUUUCUGUGUAGGACCCCAGGAAGACGAGCUUUGUCUUGACAAAUGCUAACAGGGAUCCUAAUAAACACUAAACAUAAAAAAACACUAUCAGUAAUGAGAUACAGGCUGUUGUGAUCAGGGCGGCUCAUUGGUUUUUGUUGUUUUUUGAUAAGAGGACACAGAAAUGAUUGAAAUUUAGGCUUCUAUGAAAGGAGGACUAAUUUUGUUACUCUCAGUUAACACCAACCACCUGAAAAUUAUGUUUCUGUUUUCUUUUAGGAGUUCAACCUCAUCGACAGGCGAGAGCUUGCUCCCCUGCAGGACUUGAUCGAGAAGCUUGGAUCCAAGGACAGAUAGACAUUUCAUCACAUGUUCCCCCACCCCUCCUUUUUUUUAACUCCUUCUUUUCCUCCUCUGUCUCUGUGUGACCUCUGCUACCUCUUUGACUUCUGGGCUCAACUCUUAAAAUCUGUGCCUUCUUCUACCUUUCAUUUAAUCCAUGUUUGUACUGUAUCCUUUCUUUUUUUUUUCCUUCUGUUGACUUUUAUGCUGUUUGAGCCGAUUGUUUCCCAUUUUUCCACUCAUAUAUUAUAGUAUGGUGUAGUGAGAGUAUUUUUUCACAGCACUGUGUUUAAUGACUCUGUAAGAGCAGUUUUAUAUUGGACCAAGAACAUUUUGGAGUUUAAGUGAAAAAGAUUUUUUUCCUCAUAGGCUGAUGUAUAGUUUUUUUUUUGAUUGACUGAACACAUUUUAGGUAGGGAUAGCCAGUUUCCUUUUUUAACAUUUAGCUUUGGUAAUUACAAACACUGACCAAAUAUCCCAAUAUUCAAGUUUUUUAAUGUCAUAUACAGUCAAGAGUAACAAAAAGAUGCCAGGAGAAGUGACACAAAACAAUAAUGGCACCAGGUGAAUGGUGAAAGCUGGCGCAAUAAUUAACCUGAUAUAAUAUAAAGCUCUCUCUCUCUCUCUGCCACAUGAACUAGCACACUCAUUUAAACGUGCUUUCUAUUGACAUACUCUUCAACACUGUGGCAUGUAGAGAUAACCACAGGCAGUUGAGCGAUGCCUCUGUGGUCGCCCCACGAUAAAACACCAGCAGCUGCUUGAUAAGAAUUUAAUUUGAUUUGGUCGUCUGUUAUUGUGUUUUUGCACAUUUUUGGCUAUUUUCCUAAUUAAGAGAGAUAAAUUUAAGGUAUGGUGCUUACAGGGAAAUCUAAAUCAGCUUAUUAUUUUUGAUAAAAGUAAGAGUCUUAGAGUUAAUAUGAGUCUGAGCUGAUUUAGGAGUAGAUUUUCCUAAUGUAGAUCUCCUGUUUUAUAGUCAAGGUUUAAAUAAAGCCACAUAUUUGACCUUUCAGUGCUGGUACUUUUGAAUCCUCACUAUCCCCCCUUCAGAUUAAAAACUAUUUAAUGACCGAUUCACCUGUAGAGAAGAGAGACCAGAGUCACCAGUAGUUCUUCUACAGGUGUUCCUUUGGUGUAUCAGAGUGAUUCCCUGUACUUAACUCCGGCGACAACAGCAGGGCUGUUUGUUCUGCCAUCCUCUGAAGAACUAACAUAGACAGGACUUCUUCAUGAAUGUUUUAUUCGCCAUCGUUGAGCAAGGGAAUGGUCUGCAAUCUUUUGGACCACAUUUCAUAUCAGACAAUCAUUUAACACAUUAAGAGCUGUAAAAUAAUAAUGCAUCACCAGGAACCAACCAGUUCUGUUGGCCUCAGUUCAGUAUUUGAUUCACUUUGACUUUGAUUUUUAACCACUUUUAGGGCCUCCAGCUGCUUGGAAAAGAAAGCUCGCUAAAGUUAAGUUAAUAAUCUAUAGGGAUAUCAAUAUAUAUCACAAGACUGAGUUAUUUUAGAGUUUUUAUUUGAAUAAACAAGUCCUUUCUUUCAAUUUAGAGACAUUUUUUUCAAUUUUCUUGUCAUAGUGCGUUGUAAAUUACAUAAUUGACUUUACCUUAUUUAAAAGAGGAUAAAGAGGCUUCAUUGAAUUAAGUCUUGUUUGUUAACAAUAAAGGUCCAAUUGUUAGGCGGGAGGAUUUGUGAGGAUGUAGCUGCUGCAUCCUAACAUUUACUGUAAAUACUUUGUUUUGAACAAAUCAGUGUGCCUUACAAAGAGAAAAGGUUUGAUAGGACAGUAUUGGUUGAUCAAAUAUUCAAUAAAAACGGAGAGGACACUGCUGUG